AUGGAUUAUAAUCCAUAUCAGAAUGGGUCUAAUUUUGUUGAUCUUCUAACCAGUCAACAAAAAAGUGUCUUCGGUCAUUCACAAGAUCCCUUCGCGGCCACUCAACGUAGUGAAGAGACUUUUGUAGAGCGUAGAGAACGCCGCACAUGGACGCCUAGAGAUGACAUUGUCCUCAUAAGCGCAUGGCUCAACACAAGUAAAGACCCGGUGGUUGGAAAUGAGCAGCGUUCAGGUGAUUUCUGGAAGCGAGUUGGAGCCUACUUCGCGGCAAGCCCGAAGGUUGCAGGCUGCGAACGGAGAGAGGCUGGCCACUGCAAGCAACAUUGGCAGAAGAUAAACGAAGGGGUCUCCAAGUUUUGUGGAGCUUACGAGGCUGCAAAGAGGGAGAAAACAAGUGGACAAAAUGACAAUGACGUUCUGAAGAAAGCACAUGAGAUCUUCUACACAAACCAUAAGAAGAAGUUCAGCCUCGAGCAUGCGUUUAUGGAGCUGCGUCACGACCAGAAAUGGUGUGAUCUUUCAAACUCUAAAACCGAAGGAAGCUCAAGGAAGAGGAAGUAUGAGGAUGGUGCACAAUCUUCAACCUCUCACGCUACUGAAGCUAGCACGUCUGAAGCUGAUGAAGCAAGCAAUCAACCACCGGGUGUGAAGGCGGCUAAGGCGCGGGGUAAGAAGACGACGUCUGAUGAGAUACCUCUGUCUAAGUUUCAGACGAUGUGGUCCAUUAAACAACAGGAUCUUGUUGUCAAAGAAAGGCUAUCCAAGAUGUCUCUGCUUGAUAGUCUUAUUGGAAAAGAAGGACCACUAACUGACUCUGAGGAAGCUCUGAAGAAGAAGCUGAUCACUGACUUGUUGUCUGUUUGA